AUGAAGUUCUCCAUCCUCGCUCUUACCGCCGCCCUGGCCCUGGUCACUGCCGCCCCAGGCGAGCUCGUCGCCAGACAAUGCUCUUGCAAGAAGGUCGGAGAUGAAUGGAUCUGCAGCGGCAGACUGUGCCCCAAGGACUUCACCAUGGAACCGGAAAUGGUUAAGAGAGGUGCGGAGCUCGUUGCCAGACAGUGCUCUUGCAAGAAGGUCGGCGGCGAGUGGAUUUGCAGUGGCCGACUGUGUCCCAAGGACCUGAUGAUGGAGCCCACAGUCAAGAGAGAUGGUGAGCUUGUCGCUAGGCAAUGUUCUUGCAAGAAGAUUGGCGAUGACUGGCUCUGCACCGGGCCUAGAUGUCCCAGGGAGUGUCCCGAGUGCUAG